AUUAAAAAUACCUCCUCGAGCAUAACAUCUUCAAUAAACGACCUACAAUGACUCAACCACCACUAAUAGACCCAUCCAUGCUCUCCAUGGACGAUCCCAUGUUCAACCCCGCUCCGCCAAAGCCCAUCGACUUCACCUUCGCCGCCUCCAACCUCAUCGACUGCUCCCUCGAGAUCGGUGCAAUCUACAGCAAAGACCCAGAAUCUCUCCAUCGCAAAGUCGAACGGAUCCUCGCUGAUGGCGGCGAAAACCUCCACAUUAUCUCCGAUUUCGACAUGACCCUGACAAAGUACUGGAUCAAGGACAGGAAGACCGGGGAGAAGAGGAGGGGCGUGAGUUCACACGGAGUGAUGAAAUAUAUGCCUGGUAUGACACUGGAGUUGUUGGAGAAGGAGGAUGCGCUUGUGGAGAAAUAUUACCCGAUCGAGAUGUCGCCGCAUCUUACUGUUGCACAGAAGAUUCCGCAUAUGGAGGCGUGGUGGAACUCAGCACAUGAUAUUCUGGCGUCGAUCAACCUCUCGCGAUCCGACCUUACUUCUACACUGAAGAACUAUCCUUUCCAGUUUAGAGAAGGUGCGAAGGAGUUGUUGCAUGCUGCCCAUGAACGCGGUGUGGAAGUUUCGGUGUUCUCCGCUGGUGUAGGUGAUGUUAUUGUUGAGGGGAUGAAGCCGCUGGGUGUACCCAUCACUCAGGACCUCUCAGCAAAAGGAGAGGGUGUGGUCAAGGUUGUUGCAAACCGCAUGAAAUGGACCGGAGACGAACCCGAAGACAAGUGUGUAGGCUUCCAUGAUCCCCUCAUCCACUCCUUUAACAAGGGAGAGCACACACUUUCCUCGCCUAGCGAGCCUACGGAACCAAACGUUCCUACAAGCACCUCACACCGUCCAAACGUUCUACUUCUCGGCGAUUCGUUGGGUGAUAUCCACAUGAAAGACGGAUACCCUCAUAAGAACUCGCUAUCGGUGGGCUUUCUCAAUGUUGAUGAGGAUAUGUGGUUGGAUCGGUAUUUGGAAGUUUUCGAUGUUGUGAUCAGUGGAGAGGAUGAGAGUAUGGAUUGGGUGAGUUUCUUGAUUGGUAGCUUGAGCGUCAAGGAAGAGAAGAAUUAGACCGUGGGAGGGUUGGACGGAAUGUACGAUAUGAAACCGGAAUGAUUUAUGCUUAUGGGCGUUGACAAAGCUUGAGAUGCUUAGCAGGGAAAUAUGAGAGGAGCGCUGAGGACCCCGUUUUAGAUGGUAUUGCGGCUUUCGAAUAGAUCGUCAACAUAAGCGCGAUAACACUCAGCGCAGUCAUCCGCCC